AGGACAAGUUGAGAGGCUUCAUUAACCUGUGGAGUUCAGAGAGAGAGAGACAUGGUGGCAAAGCAGUGACCUUUACUUCCAUGAGAGGAAACUGAGUUUAGAUUGAAAAGUGUUUUUGUUUUAAUGUGCACUGUAGCAGUAAUCUGCCUGUGAAAUCAUGUUUUAUUCAUUAUUGUUUGAAAUCAAUUCCUCAGAGUGAAAUUUCAACUUUUGAAUUGCAUUUGAAUGGUUAAUUUUAAAGGAGCAUUGCAUUCAAAAUCCACAUUUAGAUUCUCUGGAGUGUUUCUCUUGCUGUGACCUAACACCUGAGCUGCAGGAGUAACUCUGUGUUUUGCAACAUCUCACUUCUCUUUGCUCACGGAAGCUGAUUAGAUUAAAGAACCAGCAGCUCAGUCACCUUUGUCUUCUGGCUGCUCAGCUCUUCCUCUGCCCGGCUGCUGAGGAAUCCAGGCUUAUGGCCGAAAGUGCCAUAUGUGCCAAGAGGAGCCCGUUCCAGUACUCGCUGUGUGCCGCCACCUCGCCGGCGGCCAAGCAGCAGGAGGAGACGCUCACGUAUCUCAACCAAGGUCAGUCCUACGAAAUCCGUAUGCUUAACAGAAAACUAGUGGAGUAUACAGAUAUAAGCAGCAAAUAUGUAAAGAGCAUUGUGCGCGUGGUGUUCCAUGACCGGAGGCUGCAGUACAUGGAGCACCAGCAGCUGGAGGGCUGGAGGUGGAACCGGCCCGGAGACCGGAUCCUGGAUCUAGAUAUCCCUCUGUCCGUGGGGAUCGUGGAGCCUCGGUCUCACGCUCUGCACCUCAACACCAUCGAGUUCCUCUGGGAUCCUGUGAAGAACGCCUCCGUGUUCAUCCAGGUCAACUGCAUCAGCACCGAGUUCACGCCCAGGAAGCAUGGGGGGGAGAAGGGCGUUCCCUUCCGCAUCCAGGUGGACACGUUCACCACCAACGAGCAAGGGGAGUACAUGGAGCCCGUCCACUCGUCCAGCUGUCAGAUCAAAGUCUUCAAGCCCAAAGGAGCCGAUCGCAAACUGAAGACGGACAAGGAGAAGAUCGAGAAGAAGACGCUUCAGGACAGAGACAAGUACCAGGCGUCCCACGAGACCACCGUGCUGAAAGAGUGCUCCCCUUGGCCCGACGCCCUGAACCUCACCACCAACAGCAGCUGCAGCACCCCCUCCCCUGUCUACCACAGCUCCCCCACCUCCUGCAGCAUGCCAGACGGCAACUGUUCUCCAAACCAGCAGGGGGAGCUGCUCCUGUCCAGCUGCUCUGAUCACCUCCUGCCCUCGUCCUCGCCUCAGGACACUCAGGACUGGCUGCAACGGCACCGGUUCUCCUCGUUCUCCAGGCUCUUCACCAGCUUCCUAGGUGCAGAUCUUCUGAGUCUGAGCCGGGAGGACCUGAUCCAGAUCUGUGGUCCAGCGGAUGGGAUCCGCCUCUUCAACACCAUGAAGGGAAGGUGCAUCCAGCCACGCCUCACCAUCUACGUGUGCCAGCAGCAGGCCCGGAACCAGCCGGCCAUCAAGCCCGUGGGCGGAGACAUCUACCACGCUCUGUACCUGGAGGAGCUGACCCUGCUGGACCUGUCUGAGAAGGUGGCUCUGCUCUACAGCAUCACUCCUCAGCAGAUCACUCACAUCUACAGGCAGAAGCCCACGGGGAUCCACAUCCUGGUCUCUGACGAGAUGGUUCAGAACUUCGGGGAGGAGACGAGCUUCGUCAUCAGCACUAUAAGAGAUGAAAACACCGACGGCUUCCACAUUGUGCUGAAAUGACCAGCAGGGGGCGCAGUGGGAGGUUCCAUCCCAGCGAUUGUACAGAUUGUAAAUAAAUCCUUCUAGAAUAAAAGAUCAUAUAUUUACAGUAAAGUAAAACAAGCUGUGAAGCCCGUAGUUUACUGUUGAUUGUGUGUUUCUAUCUUUAAUUUCCUUGUUUUAUUUGUACAUUUGUCAAGUUACUGAUUCAUGUUUAAUAUGCUUGUAAUUCAUGGUGAAGCGUGUUGCUCACAUUCUAUAAACAUCUAUUAAUGCAAGGGAAUAACUUUCAUGAAAUAAAGUAAGUGUCACACGUCAUCAUGCAGACAAAUCAAAAGGACAAAUGAACAAAGGUGUUUUCUGCUGUUGUAGUGGGAGCUCUGGUCUCCCAGUGUCCCGGCUCUACUGGGAUCUGCUGGUUCUCAUAUUCAUAAAUAAAGUAUUUUGCACUGUU